GUUUCUCUAGUCCGAUUUUGUUCCGUUUUCCCUAUCCCCUCCCUCCCCCUUUCCUUUUUCAAUUAUAUUCGGCUUCAUUUCUCUCUGUUUAAUCGCACACAUUUCCCCUUUCCUUUCCUUUCCUUUCCUUAUUUUAUUUUCUAGUUUUUUUUAUCUAAAUAUGCGUGCGCUCUCGGCUUUCCAAACCCUGCCCUGGCAGAUUAUUGAUUCCGUGGUUGACUAUUACUUGGACAAGGAUUUUUGCUUCUGCGACAUACCCAAAUCCAUUGCAGCGGCUAUUCCUCACAGCUGUCACAGCUGGCGCACAAUCUUUGUUAUCAAAGCCUGUGAACAGCUCACUUUGUAUCUGCACACAUCAGAUGACCUUACUUACCCUUACCACAAAUGGCCCAGGGCCCUCGGUCAGCCCAACUUCCCGACGAGUCAUCUUGUCAAAUGCAUCAAUUUUCACGCACCCCAAUAUACGGCCUAUGCUCCUAAUAUUUGGGACUCUGUGUUUAUACAUUCGCCACACGUAAAUUUUACAUUUCCACAAGCACACACGCUUGUUAUUAAUGUUGGCGGCAUUAACUUCUUACCACAUCACAAAGGUGCGCUAAUCACCAUCAUGGUGCACAAUGUUGCUUCCAUCUUGCGCAAAGUCAAACAGAUGACUCCCGCUGUUUGCAACAUUGACAUUAAGUGGAACGACAAUGUCAAUUUCCAACUCAAUGAGGGCUUUAAAAGUCUUAUUGAGAGCACAUUGCCGGAUGUUUACGAUGAUGAAAAGUGGGUGCAUUUUUAUGAUGUCGGAUGUGACCCCUUCUCUGCCUUUUUGGUCUCGACUGAUUUUGCAAACAUUACAAGCAUAAAGUUUACUGGGAAAUACGGGCAUGCGCAGGUUAUUGAGUGUACUUGUCGCAAUGCUGCUUGGCUCAGAGAGCUGUCGAUUAGUUUUCUGCCAAGAUCUGACGCCAUCGCACUGCUGUAUGACGGCCAGGGCGCGCCUAUAGUCUACUCUAGCUUGGAGCUUAUUAACUUUUUCCAAGUGGCCGAUUGCAAAUCUGGCAUGCAAACGCCGAUAAUGUCGCCAACAAUGUUACCGACGCUGGCACCAACAUCAAUAUCAUCACCGACCCCAACGCUGAUGCCAGUGACACCUCUUUUCAAACAUUUUGUGCACUUUCCUUAUCUCAAAACGCUUGAAUUCAACGACGGGUACCCAUUUAGCGACGAUGUUCUUUUUAGAGGCAACAGUUGCACACUUGAAAAACUUACCAUCGUUGCGGACUCUGCAUUCGUUGAUAUGGCAAUUGAAUGCCAAUUUUUUUCAACAAACCAGUUCCCGAAUCUGGAGCGCAUCGACUUGGCAUUUGACUUGCCUGAGCUCGACUAUAUGCCAUUUGUGCAUCCAAAGAUCAAACAUUGUUUACUCCAGAUUCUGUCAGCAGCCAGCUUCUCUAGUUCAGUGCGCAGAUUAUCGCUUGAGGGCAUAUUAUCAGACAAUGUAUUUUUGCAAGCCGUCAAAAGGCUUUCAUUAUUUAGCAGCGUAGAUACUAUUAUCCUGAACGACUACACUCUCAGAUUUGCAGAAAUCGUCACGAUUCUAAGGCAUACGCCUUGUCUGCGCAGUUUGCGCUGCCAGCUGUCGAACGAAAGGCCAGCCAUUGAUGGAUGGAGUGGCGUUGAACUUGUGGAUUACAUGCACACUGUGGGUGAUAAUUUCGGCAGAUACUUUAUGUCCAUUGACAUUGGGUAUGUGUUUUACAAGGAGUAUGCGGCAGAAUGUAUUGCUCUUUUGGCUAUAUCUUGUCCUUUGCUGUCCAGAUUUGAUGUUGGCAAUGUUUAUAAGGACGAGCUUUACAGCGAGCUGAGAAGGAUUGCGACAAGCGAGUUAUUUUCAAGAUACGCCAACAGACUCCAGUGGUUCAACAUUGAUUGGUGAUAGAGGCGAGCACCGGCGGAUACGAAUUUCACAAAAAAUUUUUACAAGUUACCCUUUGCAAUAUAAUGAAACAUCAAUAUUGAUAAAA